CGUUGCCUGAGUCGCACUAGAGAAUAAAAGCUAAUGCAGCUUGUGUAUUUAUGAAGGUAACGAAAGGGGGAGAUCAUCUCAGUCAGUAACGUAAUUGCCUGUUGGCUGUUCUGCGUGGACGACACAACUGACUACUCGGUUCACUACCGCAGUGCGUACCAAGGCUUAAGCCAUAUGAGUAGUUUAAAUAAUGAAACUAAAAGUUAGUUUAUGUUGUUUGUCUCAGUGCUUUCAUUCAUUCUCGUAAGUGAAACGAUACAACGCUUAUCGAGAAAAAUCGUCGACGAUGAACUCGAAAAUCAAAACAUCGUAACACGGCAACCAUUGAUAUUGCAGCAAUGUUUGACAAAAGAUUUAUUUUUAUUUUUUCAUCGCUGUUUUUUCUGGCUAACAAAGCAUUUGCAACUCUAGAACCCGAAUUUCUCUCAGGAGGCGAAUUGGUAACGACAAAUCCAUAUCUCGUCUCCAUAAAACUCAGUGCUUCUCCCGUAUGUAGUGGUGCAAUAAUCGACGAUCAGUUCAUACUUACAGCUGCGCAUUGCUUUAUUAAUAGGAAUGGUCGUUUUAUAAAUUCACCCUUCAAAAUUGUAGCUGCGUGUGUGGAUUUAAAUGACACAAAAGAUGGCAUUGAGAUCGACGUGGAGAAGAUCUAUGCUCUAAAAGCUUUCGCAGCAAAUUCUUAUGUGAAUGACAUUGCAGUGUUAAAGUUAAAAAGCGGCUUGAGUCUCGGUUCUGAUUUCCCACUGACGAAAGUAGAUCUGCCUACAUCCGACGAGUCAUACGUAGAUCAGACGGCUGUAAUAGGUGGCUUUGGCUGGAAUGAUAUCAAAGUCGUCGUUCAUCCUCUAACAAACAGGAAGUACUCGUUUGGUGGUGGGCCAUCAGACAAUAAAUUAAGAUUCGCUAAAGCAAGGCUUCUUCCUAAAAGCGAGUGUGAGCAAAUCACUCGACCUUACAAGUUAGUCGAUUCGCAAUUUUGCGCUAAGAUCAUAGAACGUAAUGCCACUUUGCCAGGAAGAACAUGUUUGGGCGACAGCGGUGGUCCACUAGUGAUGUUGAAUACCGUCAUUGGGAUCUUGAGUACGGGCCCUGGAGGAUGCGAUGAGCACAACGAAGCGUCCAAAUACACAAAAGUAUUCUCCUUUUCGAAGUUCAUCGAGAAUGCCAAGAAUGAUAUCAUCAACGAUGAAAUCCGCGUUCAAACUUGUCCAAAUAGAUAAAUAAUAACAAGAAAUCAUAAAUAACAAUUAAUAAUAUUGAUCAAA